CACUCCUUGUACUUACAAUUUUCCAUACUAAUCUGAGCUUUAGGCAAGGAAGCUCAGGAAGUGUUCGCCCGCUCGUCGCUCCGGUCUCGUGUCGCUCCCUCCCCGUCCUCUGUCGCUCCCCUCGCUGCGCACCCGUUAGGAUGAUCUCGCGCCUGCGUCUGGGAGGCUCUGGGGGCAACAAUAAUAAUGGCGGCGCCACCACAACCUCCAGCAUCUUCGGCGCCGCCGCCUCGGCCAUGAGCAGCAUCAGCAGCGGUGGGAGUCUACUCCCGGGCAACAGCAGCGUCGAGAGCGCGGCAGCCACAGCAGCAGCCAAUCACGCGGCAAGUUCAGGCGCCGCGGGGGCCUCAGGAGCUGCAGGUACUGCUUCCUCUACUAGUGAAGAUCUGCCCCCGGGAUGGCGACUGGUUAGCAGCCGGAAUUCCGGGAGGGACUAUUAUCUACACAUUGCCUCGGGCCAAACCCAAUGGGACUGGCCCACAGAGGCGGACACUAAGCGUAUGCGGAGCUCGCUGCCCCGAUCUCCCGUUAAUUCGCUCACUUGACUGUGAUUUAUUGUUGACGACAGGUCUGGACACGCCCAACAGCGGUAAAGCAGCGGGUGGGGGCUUCUUUGGCGUCUCGCGUAUGGUAGCACUGGUUAACCAGGCCAACAGGAGUCUACAGACGUCGCUACAAAGCACCACAGCAGCCCCUGGAGGCAAAUCAGGUACACAAUCAAGAGGAUCAGGUCAGGACGUCGAUCGCGAUGGCCAAGUGGUCGUGGAGAUUUUUGAGAAUGAACGUCUUGAAGGGAAACUACAGCCCAUGGACCCCAAACGCUUCAGUGAUCGCCACGCGGCACCAGGUGCAGGACAAGACGAGAAACCAGAGGGUGAUCUUCCUGCGGGUCACGAGUGGGUCACGGACUGGGAAAUUGACCAGAACUACACAGCAGUGGAUCGUGAUGGCUGGACGUAUGCUGCAGAUUUUGUGGAGAUCGUGCGCUUACUUGGAGAUGAUCUUAGUCACGCGUCACGUCACCCCACAGACGCAGUGCGUCGUCGUCGAUGGAUCCGUUAUCGCCAGCCUGUGGAUGAAAACACCCCACAAUCCCCAACAGAUUCAACUGGAUCGAAGUCUUUAGCAUCUUCGGCUACGUCAAAUAACUGGGGAGAUUCCACCAAUGGACAGGGCAACGACUACAUGCUGGGUGAUAACGAUGACCCAUUCAUGCGUACCGCUCAAAAGACCCAAACGGGCUUCCGUGUGAAUGUGAACUUUGCUCAUCGCGGAAAGAAAGACAACACAAAGGACUACCAAAGUAUCAGUCUGACGGACGUUAUGUGGUUAGUGAACGCCCACGAUGUGACAAAUGCGCCCACGGAAGAGCUGAUGCGCGAGAAAACUGCCAACCUGGAGGAACAAAUUAAGGAGGCCACUCUUCGCUCGAAAUCAUUGGAGAAGGAGCUCCGUUCUCAACAUGACAAGCAGACGAGGGAACUUACCAUGCAACAGAAGAAAUUUGAUGCGCUCGUGGCGCAGUACAGAAAGAUUCAAACGGAGAACGAGACGCUGCAAGCUAGUGUAUCAGAGCAUCGCGUUACAGUAGAGGCUUUGCGCAAGGAGGCGGUACGUUCUGGAACCAGGGCAUGCAGUCGGGUUUGUGGGCCGCUAAUGUGGAUACUGUUGUGCUAUGUUGGUAAUUCUUACAGACUGAAAAAGAUAUGCUGGCGAAUGAAGAACAACGAGCUCUUAAUGCCGAAACAGCAGCUCAAAACCAGGCGCUUGAGGAGAAGGCCAAAGCUCUCGCUACUGCGCGUAUGCGUUACAAGCGUGACAAUAAACAACUUGCUGCGGCAGUCGAGGACGCGAAGAAGCGACUGGAGCAACACAAGGCUCAGGCCAAUAUGGACUCGCACGACCCUGUUGCUAAGGACCUCAAAACUGAAAUGGACAAGGUGCGACAGCUGCACGCGAAGCUGGAGGCAGUGCGCCAGCACCGUCUCGUCGUCGAGGAGGAGAGCAAGGCACUAUUUAACCAAGUGGUAGAGAAGAAAGCUGACCUGAAGUUCAAGUCGAAAAAGAAGAUGGAGACGGCGUUAAGCGAGGUGGACGCAAAGAUUAAGACGCUGAAGGAGGAACAAGCUUCUCUGUCCAAGAGUCUGGCACAGAAACCUGAGGGCGACGCUCUACGCAAGAUUAAUGCCCGAAGGAACGACAUCAGAAGUGAACUUGGCGCAUUGAAGGAGAGACGGACGAUGUUGCUUGCGGAGAAGCGAAAGCAGGAGGGCGUAGAGCUGUAAGAGAUUCCGCUGAAUGGGGUGCUCGGUCUCCACCAGCGGGGCCGUGUAAGAUGUCGCGACGUCCAAAGCCUUUCCGUUACAGGUCAAGUACUUCUGACGGGUGAUUGUCAAUAACUGACACGUGCUUGUUGAACAAAGUGUGCUUUUCUCUUGAUAUUCUCCUGGGGGGCCCUCGCAAAAAAACGCAAGCGACGAAGUUCGUCUACCGCAAUAAUGGCCCCGUUGCUACUAUCCCUCAAGUUCAUACUGUAUACCUGUUUUCCCACGGUAUCAACCACGCAACAGCGACGUGUAAAUGGCUUUUUCUUCUCCUUGCAGUGCCACAACAUUCAUCUCUCCACUCGAGAGAUGUCCAAUGACGAGCACAGCGUCUCGAUUGCAUCGUUCAGCAUGUCGUCGAGCACAAACGCAACAUUCGACCCGAAGCAGCUCACGUUGAGCACCUGCGCGUCCGUGGUGCAGCCUGACAUCACUGCCACUACACCCGUCUCAUCGAAGCCGUAAGCGCGUCCACUAAGCUUGAUCGCGCGCCAUCGAUCGGGAGAGACGAUCAGCGACUCCUUCUCGAAUGAUGGCAAACAGCGCUCGUCCAUGAUGAGGCUCACCUCCUCUGCUGUCUCGCAUAAGCACCAGAAAGACAUUUCCUCUGUCUCUCCCAGCGGUUCACCGUCACCUUCGGUUGAAGCUGAACCAGUAGAUAGCAACACGAGUUGUGUGAGUCCGUAGGCACUGGCCCGAAGUGCGUCCUUCUGAAGUCUCACAAGGACAAGUGAGUCCGGGUACACUGCGAAGGAAUAUGGCUCUGGUUAGCAUAUUCGAACAUGAUGAUAAGAGAGGCAACAAGCCUCGUACCUGUGAGAUACUGGCCGUCUCCCACACGAGAAGCGCUCACAGUCUCCCCGCUGCUUUCCGCAGCGUCAUUUGGUGAUAUUUCGCGGUCAGAGAGUGCAUUUUCCGCGUCCUUAGCCUGAUGUUACAUGAAAGGGUUAGUUUCAUCAACAAGAGUACUUUACAUGGCUACACUGAUGAGAUGAGAUCCGCACCUCCUUCAAGCCGUGCAAUCCUCGCGACAACUUGGACUGUAGACACGAGAUAGCUGCCUCCAGGUGGAGCUCUUGGACAAAGAUAACGUCUGUGUCGUACGUGCUCAUGUUGAGGAUACUAAUGUGGUCGUCGGCCAGCAGUUUGGACAGGAAACUCACGACACCAGGGAACUCUGCGACCAUCGGUCCCAAGUGGAUCUACUCAACAAGACAAAAAGCCACCGCAAUUCAGUCCACCAUGCCCGUCUGCCACUAUAGUAGUCUCAGCUGUGAAGUACCUGAAUGGCUCGCCAAGAUUGAGGCGCGACGGUGAUAAAGUCCUCCAUGCCCUGUAAAAAACGCAACAGUAAAUACUAAUAUUCUCUCCAUCUAAGACAACAAUAGGGUACGUACUGCGCGCUUGAACAUGUCGAUGCCGCUGGGAUCCAUGAAGAGCGUGGUGCCCUCACGGUCAGAUACAAUGGAGAAGAUCUCGGUCUGCUUGGAGCGACACACGUGGCUUUCAGUACGAACACAGCCACCCUCAUUCUCGUCAAAGCUGCAGCCACUAUACAGCAACAGACUGGAACAAACACAACAUAUCAGAUUAAGGUCUUUGCGGCGGACUGCGUUGCCCUCUUUGUACGCGCACAUUAGCAGCUCACGCACUUGAGCAGCGGCCAGCUGCCGUGGCGGAUGUGCUCAGCCGGCACGAACACGACACUCACGAGACCUACGCAACACGGUCAAGGUCAGCACAAACUCGAUGAGUGACAUUGUGGCUGUAAAUGGACGCACCUGGCAGUAGCGUGGCGUGGAAGUUGGAGGUGGUGACAAUAUCCAUCGAGGUUGUCGCGGCGUCGGGCGGUCGUUGGUUGGUUGGCUGCUUCUCCUCAGGAUUGGCAUAUGCGCAAGGCGACGUCGGAGAGACGUGUACAGUACUAUUAUUACUAGCUGUACUACUAGUUUCGAUGAUAAUAAUCAAACUUACUUUGAAAGAAGUAAUAUUCUUCAUUCCCA